UUCGGCUUGGAAAAUCCAACCGCCAAAAUUGAGCCCAGCAGCUGGAGCGGCAGCGAGAGCCCUGCCGAAAAUAUGGAAAGGAUGAGUGACUCUGCAGAUAAGCCAAUUGACAACGAUGCAGAGGGGGUCUGGAGCCCCGACAUCGAGCAGAGCUUUCAGGAAGCCUUGGCUAUCUAUCCGCCAUGUGGGAGGAGGAAAAUCAUCUUGUCGGACGAAGGCAAGAUGUAUGGUAGGAAUGAAUUGAUAGCCAGAUACAUCAAACUCAGGACAGGAAAGACACGGACCAGAAAGCAGGUGUCUAGUCAUAUACAGGUCUUAGCAAGAAAGAAAGUUCGAGAAAUUCAAGCCGCCAUUAAGGUGUCUAGUCACAUUCAGGUUCUUGCCAGAAGGAAAUCUCGUGAUUUUCAUUCCAAGCUAAAGGUAACAAGCAUGGAUCAGACUGCCAAGGAUAAGGCCCUGCAGCACAUGGCCGCCAUGUCAUCAGCCCAGAUUGUCUCAGCCACUGCCAUUCACAACAAGCUGGGGCUGCCGGGGAUUCCACGCCCCACCUUCCCCGGGGCACCAGGGUUCUGGCCGGGGAUGAUUCAAACAGGGCAACCAGGAUCCUCACAAGACGUCAAGCCCUUCGUGCAGCAGGCCUACCCCAUCCAGCCAGCAGUCACGGCCCCCAUUCCAGGGUUUGAACCUGCAUCGGCCCCAGCUCCCUCAGUCCCUGCUUGGCAGGGCCGCUCCAUUGGCACAACCAAACUCCGCCUGGUGGAAUUCUCAGCUUUCCUCGAACAGCAGCGAGACCCAGACUCGUACAACAAACACCUCUUCGUGCACAUUGGGCAUGCCAACCAUUCUUACAGUGACCCAUUGCUCGAAUCAGUCGACAUUCGUCAGAUUUAUGACAAAUUUCCUGAAAAGAAAGGUGGCUUAAAGGAACUGUUUGGAAAGGGCCCUCAAAAUGCCUUCUUCCUCGUAAAAUUCUGGGCGGAUUUAAACUGCAAUAUUCAAGAUGAUGCCGGAGCUUUUUACGGUGUAACCAGCCAGUAUGAGAGUUCUGAAAAUAUGACGGUCACCUGUUCCACCAAAGUUUGCUCCUUUGGGAAGCAAGUAGUAGAAAAAGUAGAGACGGAGUAUGCAAGGUUCGAGAAUGGCCGAUUUGUAUACCGAAUAAACCGCUCCCCGAUGUGUGAAUAUAUGAUUAACUUCAUCCACAAGCUCAAACACUUACCAGAGAAAUAUAUGAUGAACAGUGUUUUGGAAAACUUCACAAUUUUAUUGGUGGUUACAAACAGAGACACACAAGAAACUCUUCUCUGCAUGGCCUGUGUAUUUGAAGUUUCAAAUAGUGAACAUGGAGCACAACAUCAUAUUUACAGGCUUGUAAAGGACUGACCAUGGUUAUUUAUAUAUAUAGAUAUCUGUAUAUACACACACAUAUGUGCGCACACACACACACACUCUCCAUUAUCCAAGGACUGACUGUCAACCUCACCACACAGGGGUGGUGCCCUAGCCUGAGGUCACCCCAACUUUUCUAAAUCCUGUUUGAGUGAAGUCAUUUUUUCAUGUGUUCAUACUAUCGUUGUAGCUGUGAAGUUCCGGUACAGUUGUAAAAAGAGAAAUUGAGUUGUUUCUGUGUCUUCUUCAGACCUGCAGCCCACCAUUCCCCAGGAAGGGUGAACCUUGAGAACCCAAGUCUCUGCCAAGACCUGUUUCUAUUUGUGGCAGAAAAUACUGAGACAGAGCAUUUGCCCUGGGACAUUGACAGCCUUUAUACAAAUGUAUUUAGUUAUUU